CUAAAUUUUGAUGUGUGCGUCCGAGUGGAAGCACGGUAAGAUGGACAGCUGCACAUACUUCUAAAUUCUGGACGGUUCCUUCUUCUGAGAUUCUUAUCUCCUUUCUUUCUGCACGUUACUGCACCCACAUAAAAGGCCUUUCAUAAAGGCCACUGUCUAGCUGGCUGCUGCGCGUAUAGUCUGCGGUCGACAGCAAUGGAGGCUUGUCCAGAAUCUCUCGAAAAGAUCUUUCAAAGGGUGGAGGAAGAGACUGAGAGACGCGCCAAGGAACGGUUUGAAGAUAGAUCCCCACCAGACUCGCCAGAGACGACUCUCAGAGUCAAGUCACGACGGCGAGGCAGCGUAUCUAUCUCGCGAUUUGGCCAGCUAUCUGACGACUUUACCCAAGUCUUCGAUGCAGCCAGGAGCGCCACACCAACUCCCAGUCGAAUGUCACCCCUAGCAGAACGGUCACGUUUCUUCAUCAAGAACCGAAGCGACGACAGCCUUACGUCCGAUAACCCCUCAGACGAGGAUGGCCUAUCUGAAGAGUCACACCAUGUCACCCAGAUGCAACAGAUUGCUGGCCGUAAAACUACCAUUUCCCGUGCUGUCAGUGGUCUAAUCCCCCGGCGGCUCAGCCACGCUCGCUCGCCUAGUAUUGUAGACACCGUCAUCGAUUCUGGUAUGGUCAUCGGAGUAUCCGUGGAAGAAGCUACCACCGAAAAUGCUCCUGAUGAUCUCCCCCCUCGCUGCGGCUCCGUGAUGGUGGUACAUAGUCUUCGGAAUCAACCCUCCAAGUGCUCAUUAUCUCGCAAAGCCUCUUUCAUGGCUAAAGCAAAAGAAUUCACUCAAAAGUUUCGCCGGAGGAGUAACGCAGAGUUGUCAGUGGCCCAUCUUACUUCCUGAUCUGCUUUCUAUGUGUGUGCUGUGAUAUUGUUCUACGUGUAUAUUAGGUUUCAAUCAUUGGAUCGAGCUGUGCUUUACGCCUAUUCUUUGCUUCCGCUCUGAUCUUGUGUAACCCGCAAUCGUCAAUGCACUGCUUCAAUGCUUGGCCCGUCGAAGAUUACAAUUGAGAUUCGGCUAACACGUGAUAUGGCACUAUCUUUGUGAAGGGUCGAACGUAC